CUUGGUUUGUGUGAACAGAAGGAGAAGCAAAGAUCUGAUCAGGGUAAUUUACACUGAGUGGUUCUGGUCGGAUUCUGGAACUGGUAAACGGACCUGGUGGAGCUCAGAGACAGAAAUGAAUGAACUCCAACAGAACUAUGAGGAACCAGAGCUCCCCGCCUUUUCUCAGAACUGAUCUGGAUCAGAACAGGUUCAGCAGCAUCUGAAUCAGCCAAUCAGCAGUGGAGUUUCCUCCCCCUCUGCGUGUCUCUGCUGGUUCCAUAAAAACAUUGAUCUUGUUUCAGAGACGAUCAACUGCUGGAUCUGAUGGACACCUCUGUGUUUGAUCUGAGACAAUGAUGAUGAUGAUGAUGAUGAUGAUGGUCCUCCUGCUCAUUUCCCAGCAUGCUCUGGGUGGAGUGGUGGAGGUUAAUGAGGGGGCGGAGUCUGUCCUGCUGCCCUGCAUUUACUCUGGUUUUCAACCUGAAGAUCCGUUCCUCAUCUGGACUCGCAGUGAUCUCAGUCCUGACUCCGUCCACCUACGGAGAGAAAACGGUGACGAUCUUAAAAACCAGAACCAGCGUUUCAGAGGACGGACCUCCAUGAAUCCUGACACUCUGAAUACUGGAGACUUCAGCCUGACUCUGAGGAAACCUGAGCAGGAUGAUGGAGGAAACUACAGCUGCAGCAUCUCUGAUGGAGUAAAAGAACGGACAGUGAAACAGAUUCACCUGAAGGUUAAAGUUGGUCAGCAGGAGGUCGAGGUCACUGAAGGGUCAGGUUCUGUUGUUCUGCCCUGCAGAACAUCAGCCAACCUUCCUGAGGACACGUCAGUGGAGUGGACCCAGUCAGAACCUCAUUUCAUGUUCAUUCAUGUGUUUCCCAACACGAGUAAACACUACGCCCAGCAGGACAGACUUUACAGCUGCCGCACAGAGAUGAACAAAGACUUCCUGAGGACCGGAGACGUCAGCCUGACCAUCAUGUAUCCCACACACAGAGAUGGUGGACGCUACGUCUGCACCGUCCACAGAGACCAGGACGUCCUGAGACACACUGUGGUUCUGAAAUAUGUACAGAAAGAACCGUUUCCAUCCUGGGCCUCAGUUCUGCUGGUUCUGCUGGUUCUGCCGGUUCUGAUCGUCUCUGCAGGCUGUUUAUAUCAUUUUAAAGGUUAUUUCCGUCCAGCUCCACAGAUGAAGGUGGAUUCUGGGGUGAAGUCUGUCCUGCUGCCCUGCAGAACCAGAGUCUGUCUGCCUGGAGGCGCUAGAGUGGAGUGGAAGGAUGGAGACACCAGGACGGUCCAUGUGUAUCAGAAAGGUUCUGAUGAUCCUGAAGGACAGAAUCUGAUCAACAGAACCAGGAUGAACGACGACCCACUGAAGACUGGGGACCUCAGUCUGACUCUGGAACGUCCCUCAGUUACAGACAGCGGGAUCUACACCUGCAGAGUCUCCAUUAGGAAACAAGUCAUCCUGGUGAUGAAACGGGUUCAUCUCCAGGUUAAAGAUGUUGUUGGUCAGUAUCAGCCUGACUUUAAAGUGUCUCUGAAGAUGAAGUUCCAGAGUUUCUCUGAAGGCAUUGCUGAACCUGGAAAUAAAACUGUUCUGAACCAGAUCUACCCAGAGCUCCACAUCACAGAGGGGUUAACUAGAGAGGUCAACCAGGAACAUGAGGUCAGACAGAUUGAAACAGCGAACAGGAAACAAGAAACAACAAUCAGACAAGAAGACAUCUUUAAAGUCCCACCUGGAAGUGAUCAACCAAUCAGAACAGUAAUGACCAUGGGAGUGGCUGGCAUUGGGAAAACACUGUUAACACAGAAAUUCACUCUAGACUGGGCUGAAGGCAAAACCAACCAGAACAUUGACUUUAUAUUUCUAUUCACUUUCAGAGAGCUGAAUUUGCUGAAAGAAGAAAAGUUCAGCUUAUUAGGACUGAUUCAUAAAUUAUUUUCUAAAACCAAAGGAAUCAGCAGCUUUGAAACAUUCCAGGUUCUGUUCAUCUUUGAUGGUCUGGAUGAGAGUCGACUUCCUCUGGACUUCAACAACAAGGAGAUCCUGACUGAUUCUACAGAGUCCAGCUCAGUGGAUGUUCUGCUGACAAACCUCAUCAGGGGGGAACUGCUUCCCUCUGCUCUCCUCUGGAUAACCACACGACCUGCAGCAGCCAAUAAGAUCCCUGCUGAAUGUGUUGACAUGGUCACAGAGGUCAGAGGGUUCACUGACUCCCAGAAGGAGGAGUACUUCAGGAAGAGAUUCAGAGAUGAUGAAGAGAAGGCCAGCAGGAUCAUCUCCCACAUCCAGAAAUCAAAAAGUCUCCACAUCAUGUGUCACAUCCCAGUUUUCUGCUGGAUCACUGCUAAAGUUAUGGAGGAAAUGAUGAAGACCAGAGAGGGAGGAGAGCUGCCCAAGACCCUGACUGAGAUGUACAUAGAGUUCCUGCUGCUUCAACUCACAAUCAAGGAGGAAAAGUAUGAUGAAGGAGCUGAAGAAGAUCAAGAGAACAGGAGGCUGGUUGAGACUCUAGGAAAAUUGGCUUUUGAUCAGCUGCUGAAGGGAAACCUGAUCUUCUAUGACAAAGACCUGAAGGAGUGUGGCAUUGAUAGCAAGGAAUUUGCACAGAAUUCAGGAGUUUUAACUCAGAUGUUUAAAAAGGAGAGAGGGCUGGGCAACAUCUCCGUCUACUCCUUUGUUCAUCUGAGCAUCCAGGAGUUUCUGGCUGCAGUCUACAUGCUCCACUGCUUCACCAGCAGGAGGUCAGAGGUGAUCAAGACGUUCCUGGGAGAAAAAUACAAUGAAACAUCUCUAGAUGAGCUCAUGAAGAAAGUCAUGGAGAAAUCCCUCUGCAGUGAAAAUGGCCACCUGGACCUGUUUGUCCGCUUCCUUCAUGGUCUCACUGUGRAGUCCAACCAGAGACUCUUAGAAGAUCUGCUGGGUCAGACAGAGAACAGUCCAGAAACCAUCCAGAGAAUCAUCACCAACCUGAAGGAGAUGAACACUGAUAAAAUCUCUGCUGACAGAAGCAUCAACAUCUUCUACUCUCUGGUGGAGAUGAACGACGUCUCAUUUUAUAAGGAGAUCCAACGGCUGCUGGAUUCAGGGAAGAAACUCUCAGUGACUGACUGUUCAGCUCUGGCCUUCAUGCUGCAGAUGUCAGAGGUUCUGGAUGAGUUGGACCUGGAGAAGUACAACACAUCAGAGAAUGGACGACUGAGACUGGUUCCAGCUGUGAGAAACUGCAGAAAGGCUCGACUUGGUGGCUGUAGGCUCUAUAACGUUGAAUGUGAAGUUGUGGCCUCAGCUCUGAAGUCCAAACCAGAUCUGACUGAACUGGAAAUAAAUCGGAUCGACAUACUGAGACCUGGAAACUCUGAUAUGAAGAAUCUUCUUGAGAUCCUGGAGAGUUCAGUCAGUACAGUGAAGAAACUGAGAUUGUGGGAAUGCAGUUUGUCAGAGACCAGCUGGACUAAUCUGUUCUCAGCUCUGAAGUCCAAACCGACCCAUCUGACAGAACUGGACCUGAGCAACACCAACCUGGGAGAUUCUGGAGUGAAGGAGCUCUGUGGUUUUCUACAGACUGAAGGCUGCAGACUGGAGAAACUGCUGUUGCCUGGCUGCAGGUUGUCAAAGAUCAGCUGUGAUUUUCUGGCCUCAGCUCUGAAGUCCAACAGCAUCAAUCUGACCAGACUGAAUCUGAGAAACAACAACCUGGAGGAUUCAGAUGUUCAGCAGCUGGAGGAUCUUGUUGAGAUUCUAAAGUAGAGGAACUGAUGAUCUCUGUAAAGUAGAGAAUGAUCUCUGUGUCCUGUUGAUCCUCAGAGGUUGAAGCUGCAGCAGUUUGAGUGUAAAGAGACUCUGACUGGAUCAUCAUGAUGACCUCUGACCUCCAAGAUUUUCCUCUUGUUUAUUUUCUCAUGUCUGUCAUUUAGUGUCUGAUAUUGUUUGUCUCUUUGGAUCAAUAAAGAUCAAAUUCAAACUGGGCUCCAUUUAGAGGC